CAUGUGGGCGCUGCGAGUCUGGUGGGUGCUGCUGGGCACCUUGGGCGCUGGUUCUGCCCAGUUGCUGUUUCAAAAGUUCCCAGUUGUUCUAAUGGACAGGUGUAAUUCAAGUGUCGUCAUACCUUGCAUAGUAACUAACCUACAACUAAAUAAUACUCGACAAAUGUUUAUUAGGUGGAAAUUAGAUGGAUACGAUUUUUUUGCUUUUGAUGGAUUUGAACAACCAGUGAAAAUUAACAAAAACAGCACUUUUCAGUCUGCGGAAUUUGCGUGUCUGCCAAAGCUGGCCAUCGGCAUUGCUUCACUCACUCUGUCAAGGAACGAGGCGAUUCCAGGAAACUACAGCUGUGAAGUAGUAGAAUCAAACCGCGAAGGAGUAACUACAAUUGAACUUAAACAAGUAACAAAUCCCUGGUUUGAACCAGUGGAGAAUGUUCUCAUAAUUCUCACCAUGGUACUGGCUGCUAUUUUUUAUUGGACCCAGUUAGGUGUUGUUGCAACAAAAUAUGACAUCUCAUUGCUAAAGAAGAUCAGCUUAAUUAUUGCAGGACUAGUAGUUACAGUUGCUGUCGUGAUUGGCUGUGUUCUUUUAAUACCAGAUGGAUUUGAAAUGUCAAAUCAAGUUGGGCUGGGCUUCAUUGUACUCCCUGCUGUCCUUUUAGUACCCCUUCUCUACAUUCUGUUGGACUCAGUUUUUGAGAAACCACCAAGCUUUGCAGUUGUAUUGAUAGUUUUGAAAGCACUUGGAUAUGUAAUUGCUGUGACUGGAUUUGCUAUGUCUGUAUCAGCAUGCCCCCCACUACAGGCUCCUGUCAUUGUUUCAGGCUUAGCAAUUAUUGAUCUUGUAGCAGUAAUUGCCUUAGCUUAUGUGAUUAUUAUUGGUUCCAACUUUAAAGAUCAUCAGCCUCCAAGGAAAGCUGUAGAAGAACCACUAAAUGAUGCAAAAGGAGUGAUGUUAGAAUGAUGCUCCCGAAGUGAAUUAACUGAAUCUGCUAUGGACAUGGAAACAAGUGGAGAAAGACUUUUGUUCAUACACCGUGGCCUUGACGAUGCACUACUCAAAGAAAAAAAAAUCAGGAAAUUCGUUGUUUUGCAUGUGUGGAAAAGUGCUGUAACGAUUUACAUGAUGUAAUUUUAUAGUCACAGCAGCUGUAGUAGAGUUCAAAAGAGAAGUGA